AUGCACACAUUUUCGGUUGCACCACGUCUUAGCAGUACAGGCGAGCUCCCCAGACGCGUUGGCAACCGACGUCACCUGGACGACUCGACGACUGCCUCACCCCUGACGUCUGUCCGACCACCGUGUCGUCCCUCCCAGUCGGCCCAAGGGCGCACACACACACACACACACACACACAUGGUUCGUCUGCCUGGUACCAAUCGCCAUCUCUCAGACUCCUCGUGCCAGCCGCCUGUGUGGGCGUCUGCCUCCUUCUGGCUGACGCCCUUUUUCAAGACGACAUACUUCCGUUCGCAUCGAACCAACUUCGUCAGAUCAUGA